AUGUCACGUUACCGAGGUCCUCGCUACAAAAAACUACGUCGUCUGGGGUCUUUACCGGGACUAACUAGUAAAAUCCCUAUAAAGAAGCAAAGGGCACCGAUUAGAUAUCGACCGAGCUUUUACAAAAAAUCCCAAUAUCAUAUUCGUUUAGAAGAAAAACAAAAAUUGCGUUUUCAUUAUGGUCUUACCGAACGACAAUUACGUAACUACGUGCGUAUCGCCGCAAAAGCCAAAGGGCAGACAGGUCAGGUUUUAUUACAGUUACUUGAAAUGCGUUUAGAUAACAUCCUUUUUAGGUUGGGUAUGGCGUCAACUAUUCCUCAAGCCCGCCAAUUAGUUAACCAUAGGCAUAUUUUCGUUAAUGGGCAUAUAGUAAAUAGACCAGGUUUUCGCUGUAAACCUGGGGAUAUUAUUACGGUCAGGGAUGACCAAAAAUCUAGAAGCAUGGUUCAAAAUUAUCUUAAUGCGUUUUCCCUAAAAUCGUCUUCCCAAACGGAAAAGGAAAAGGCCUUGCCAAACCAUUUGACUCUUCGCCGAUUCGAAUAUACGGGAUUAGUCAAUCAAAUAAUAGAGACUCAGUCGGUUGGUUUAAAAAUAAAGGAAUUACUAGUCGUAGAAUAUUAUUCGCGUCAGACUAAAACCUAA